UUUUUAGCUUGGCACUGACCAUGCUGACAUGCUGACCAUGAUCAUGAUAAUUAUGCUGACACACCACAGCAAGUAUGUGCCUCCUGAAGUCCUGUAUCGUCAAGCCAGACAAGGUGGCAUUUUCGACGUGGCCUGCUCAACGUGAAAGACAAGUGCAAGAGUUUCGCGUGCGUUGUCAACGACAUAGUGCUGAAAUAAGUUGAAGCAAGACUAAUAAAAGAGUACUGAGUUCUUUCUGAAAAGAGAUUUGUUGUACCACAAACAGUUACACAGCCAGCUGUGCAAGCUUGCAAGGAACUGAGAGUGAGCGGCUAUUUCUUGUGCAUGUACGUGUACUCUGACGCUAGCUGGAGCAUAUUCGGGCAGCAACAAUCUUGUGAUGGGUCUGCAGCAAUCACAACAGACUCAACCAGUCAUAUCUCACCAGGUUAAGCAUGGGGAUGAGCUAUGGAGCACUGUCCCCGUUCGCGCAGACAAAGUCCUCCCGCACUUGUUCAUCGGCAACUAUUCCAGCGGCUGCAAUAAGCAAUUCCUGCGUCAGAACCAUGUCACUUAUGUGUUGAAUAUGACUCCUGAAGCCCAUACUGAUCGUCUGCGCGGAAUUGAAUAUCUGAAUUUGGGACUUCAAGAUUUCAGUACGUCCGACAUUUCUGUACAUUUCGAGACAGCCCAUCAGUUCUUGACGAAAGCCCGCGAAGAAGGAGCUGUUGCCCUCGUACAUUGCCAUAUGGGCAUCUCCCGAGCUCCAACUGUAGCAAUGUCACACAUCCUGCUUAGCGGGAAAAUCUACAACAGCGAAGAAGAACACCGGCUAAAUGCUGCCACUUUCAAAAAGAGCAAUGGACAGAUCAGAGCCACCACCACCACAGUUCCUAAAACCGAGCAAGUUUUGCUGAAAGAGGUUUGGCCAUUUGUAAAGGAACGACGGCGUAUAGCUGCACCGAACGACGGCUUCUUCACACAUUUACAAUCGCUUGAGAUGCAGCUAACCGGAGCAAGCUCAUCAAGUACAAGCCUCGAAGAGUUGAAGAAGUCAGUGUAUAGUACGAACUUGCCUGCAGUUGCCUCCUUGUUUUAGGUGUACAGUGCACAUGUCCUAAUAGCGUAAUAGGGGCACUAUCUUUAGAUUUCAAGUACAUUUAGCUGUUUUGAAACUGUUGAAUUGCUGGACAAUUCAUACAUUUACUACCUGUUUUAUUGGCACUUUCUGGCUGCUGUACUGCAUAGGCGCAGGUUCAUGUACACUGUGACGGUAACAUAAACAGCCAAAGUCAUGACUCCUGUCACAAUCAUGGAGACGCAUACUAGUACCCCCACUGAGACCUUGUUUUCCGAUUUUAUAACGCCAUGACCCAAAAUGCAACUACCCCUCCGGUUUAGAUGUUGUUGUCGGCUUGCUGCUUGACAGUUGCGGCACUAUCCUCGUACUCCAUCAUUGUCUGCUUUUCGUUUGAUUCGUUAGUUUUCUUGAUUCAGAUUGUAAGCUGAGGUUCUUCGCCGCUUGAAUUGCUGCUCACACAGUGGCCCAGCCACUGAAAUGAAAGAUGAAUAAAAAAAAUAAACAAACGAAA